AUGAAUAAUGAAAAUGGUUUAGAUUGUGGAUCGGCUUGUGUUGUGAGAUGUCAAAUGUCAUCAAGGCCGAAUCUAUGCACAAGGAUAUGCGGGACUUGUUGUGCGCGGUGCAAUUGCGUUCCUCCGGGCACUUCCGGCAACUAUGAAUUCUGCCCUUGCUAUUUCAACAUGACCACUCAUGGAGGAGCUCGAAAGUGCCCUUAAUUCAUCAAUAUAAAUUAACAUAUCACCUUCAUUCUGGUUACUUCCGCUCUAUUGCCAUAAAUAAAUAUUAUGAGUUUAAGUUGAAUCAACAAGUCAUUUCUCAAAUUGAAUAAAAGUUAGUUUGAAUAAAUAUUCUCUCAAAUUGAAUAAAGUUCAUUUGGCUC